ACCUUGGCGAAAACGUGUUUAAGAGUGAUUUUAUCAAUUUAAAUAAAUAUGAAUCGGGAAAAGAAGAAAACUCAAAAGAAAACUAGUAACACAUUAGACAGGUUUUUCGCAAGCAAAAGCCAACAUGACAAUUCUGAAAACGACACUAGUGUUGUUCCAAGAUUACUCAAAGAAACAACACGAAGCCCAAAUCUCUUAACUAUCGAUGACAGUGAUACCAGUAGCAAUGAGUCAACACGUUCUUCCCAGAUGUCUAAUUCUAAUAACACAUUGGAAGUCACAGACGAUGAUAUAAAUAAUAAUCAGGAAAGUCAAACAAUGAAAGGAAAAAGUAUGUAUGUACAGAAGGUGAGGUCAGUAUGGUUGCAGAACCCGAACUUGCAAUGAAAAUAACAAAAACUUCGUAACAUGCAAAUUCUGUUCCUGUGAACUACAGGCAAAAGUGUCUGUUUUAAAAACACAUUCCAACACUAAAAAACAUAAAAAAUAUGCUGAAUCCUUCGGAACUUCCCAAAAAAAGAUUAGUUUUAACGCUGAAAACAGCAAAGAAGCGAAAUUAGCACGACUGUGGGAGAGUAGAAUUUCUUUGUACGUUGCAUCUCAUACAUCUAUAAAUUCCGUCACACAUCUUACUGAAUGCGAAAAAGAAGUAUAUAAAAAUCAACCAGUUUCAUCAGAGUUGAAAUUGGCGAAGACAAAAUGUACGGCUAUUAUUCGUAACAUUUGGGGUCCACAUUUCAAGAAAUUGUUAAAAUCUGAUAUCGAAAAUUGUCCAUUCAGUUUAAUUAUAGAUGAAGCUACUGAUAUAAGUAAUGUUAA